CUUCUCCAAAAUGUCCUUUCCCAACAGCUCUCCUGUUACGAAUACUUUUGUAGUUGAUUCGUUGAUUGGCGCUUGCAGGACUGACCGUUUUUACUCCAGCAGCAACAUGUACAUGCCGUCCGGUGCAGAAAUGGGAAUUUACGGAAUGCAAACCUGUGGACUCUUGCCGUCUCUCGGUAAACGAGGGGACGUCAACCACCAAAAUAUGGGCAUGAAUUUCCACCCUUACAUGCCUCAAAUUGAUAACUGGACAGAUCCCAGUAGACCUUGCGGAAUAGAGCAACCAUCCAACCAAAUGCCCAAUUGCACAUUUUCACAAAACAUUAAGGAGGAGAGUAAUUUCUGCAUGUAUUCCGACAAGAGAGCAAAGGUCAACUCGUCCGAUGUCCCUGUAUAUGCUAAUAUAAUCCCCGAAUCGUGUUCAGUUGACUGCCCCGAGAUCCCUGUCCCAGGGUAUUUCAGAUUAAACCAAACCUACUCGACUGGGAAAGACCAGGACUAUGGCCACGAGAAGACAAGUCCAAACAUCACAUUCAUGCAGCUCAACAGAGCUACUCCAAAACCGCAGUUGUCUUCCUUUUUUGUCGAACUGGAAAGGAAAACGGCCGAGAUACCGCAUAACCCGGAGACCAGCCAGACACCCAUCCCCGCGGAAAUCCCGGAUCCUACGUCCACCGCGCAACGGGAGGAGAACUGCUCCACUGAAUCUUCAGUCUCCAGCCCAGAGUUGACACAAAGAGAAACUAAAGACAUUAAAACGGACCCUCCAACGAGCAAUUGGUUGACUGCAACAAGCGGCAGGAAGAAAAGAUGCCCUUACACAAAGCACCAGACGCUUGAAUUGGAAAAGGAGUUUUUAUUCAACAUGUACCUGACUCGAGAGCGCCGUCUAGAGAUCAGUAGAGGCGUCAAUCUCUCCGACAGGCAAGUCAAGAUCUGGUUUCAAAACCGCAGGAUGAAGCUUAAGAAAAUGAACAGUGAAAACCGAAUUCGGGAACUUACCUCAAAUCUCACCUUUUCGUGAGUUUGCUUACGGAAAGCUUGAUUUAUUGUCUUUUUCCUCUAAGCGGUGGUAUGGUAGCAUCGGACUUUGGGGGGUUUUUCACCGAAACUGUGACUGACUGCUAUUUUAUUUUCAUGUUUACAUGGUGACGCAUUGUGUAUUUUGAAUAUGUUUUAUCACAGGGUACAUUAAUAACGUCUUAAAUUAUUCAAAUGUACUAUGUAUCCAUUAUUAACGGUUUGGUUUGAUUGAGUCUGACUUGUUUGGAAGCUAAUUUUUCGGACAUGAAAACACAUUUAUCGAUAGUGGAUCCAAAGUUAUACAUUCGUUUAGAAUUAAGCGCUAACUCUUUAGCUGAAUCGUAAUCAUAUAAACAUUUAUGUAGCAUAAAUGUGA